CUCUUAGACUCCAUUGUCAUGCUCUUAGACUCUAUUGUCAGAAUAGAAUUCAUCUGGUAUUGGUUGGAUGAAGCUCACAGGUGGAUUGAAUAUGGGAAAAAGCAUUUGGAGCACUGUGCUGCCACGAUAUCAUCUGAAGAAUUGGAGGCAGCUUACCAGUCAGACCACAGAGGCGUUGUCUUCUUCCAUGCUGGUACUCAGCUGUAUGAAGUAAAUUUCCAAGAGAUGGUCCAGAGAAACCUGUACUACCGAACCCGGAGAAGAGUCUGCAGGUGGCCCAAGCUUGUAUUCUUUGGAGGAGGACGCGACAAUGAGACAGGCAGUCGUUUUGAGUCUUCUCUUCCCAACCCCUUGUUUCCUUCAAGCUGGGACCGAUCAGCAUUGCCUAACGUAGGCUAUAAGCUGGUGGAGGUCUCAGAUUCUGCUGAAGAAUACCAUGAAAUUAAAGAACUCUUUCAGAAGACCAUGGAGGGUUAUGUUAUCCAUCGACUCCAAAGGAUUCAGAACCCGUCUCUUUGGCAAGUCUUCCAGUGGCAGAAAGAUCAGAUGAAGAAGAUGAAUGGGGGGGAUGAGGUAGACGAAAGGUUCUUGUUCCAUGGCACCAACAAACGCCAUUUGCAUGACAUCUGUGGGCAGAACUUUGACUGGAGAAUCUGUGGGACCCAUGGGACUCUCUAUGGAAAAGGAAGUUAUUUUGCUAGAGAUGCCAGUUACUCACAUGCAUAUUGCCAGUCGGAUACCCACAUCAGGAGCAUGUUUGUAGCUAAAGUUCUGGUUGGAGAUUACGUUCAAGGAAAUCCUGCUUACCUCCGCCCUCCAUCGAGAUCUAACCAAUCAAACAACUUUUAUGAUAGCUGUGUUGACAACGUUCUUGAUCCUUCCAUCUUUGUCAUCUUUGAGAAGUAUCAGAUUUACCCAGCAUACAUAUUUGAGUAUCAGCCAGUGUCCCAUUGUGUGGUCAUGUAAAGGCAGCAAUCUUCCUCUCCUCCUCCUCCUCUAAACAUGGACUUGAAAUCCUCUUUUAUAUAUCUAAAACUUAAACAAUUUCUUAUUUAAAAGGCUACUGUGACUUAUUUUACCUCUGCAUAUUAAAAACGUUACAUGUUA